AUGUCGGCGUUCUUCGGACUCACUCUCCUCGGCUCGCAAAGCCCCUUCGACCCGGUGAAGGAGACUCCCAUCCAUGCAUUCCAGUCGCGCGACUUCCAGGACGCUUUCAUGCAGACCUACCGACCUGGGUUCUCACUGUACUCUGAAAGCGACGAAGAGGCCCAAGCUGCGAACGCGGAGCUCUACUCCGCCACCAUCACGCUCGCACAGCUGCCCGUCAUGCUGCGUUACCUCUACAAGUGCCCGAGGGGUGUCGACAACGUGUCUGCGAGUACGCGAAAGCUCGUUGAGCAGGCCUUCCGUCUGCAGAGCGUUGGGGCCGACGCGUCUCAAUCGAUCGAUCUCCAAACGUUUCUGGCCCAAAUGGAGGAGCUCUGCCGCCACUCGCAGUCCAUGGAGUCCGCUGCAGCCCACUCGGCGUACCUGAAAGACGGCGCAACCACGCGCGAGUUCGUGUCCAACCUCGACUUUCUUGGGAAGCUGGUCAAGCACACGCGCAUGGAGAAGGACCCGCGCCAGAAGACCCUCGCCCCCGUGACGGACUCCAUGACACUCGGAUGGAACCCGCCGACAAUGGCCACCAAGCGGAAGCCCACCAAGAGCUGCGAGGAGACCCGCUACGCCUGCGCCAUGGUCAAAGCCGGUGUCUACUACUACUAA